AUGCAAAGAAGUUUAUUAUCUCAAUUAUUAAACAAUGGUAGAAAAUUUGCUACCCCAGUUACACCAUUCAGACAAAGUAAUUGUAUUAUUCCAACCCAACCAUUCAUUCAAUCACAAGGACAACCACAACAACCCCCACAACAACAAGUAGAACAACCAAAAAUGGAAAUCCCCACUGAAGAAAAUACUGAAAUUGAAUUAACUGCAAGAAACUCUGCAAAGAAAUAUCACAAUAUUCAUCAUUAUACAAUUUGUUCAAAAUGUGCCACACCAAAACUUAAACAUAAUCUUUGUAUGGUUUGUUUAAGAAAGAAUUCAAUUUAA